GGUGGCGCCCGGCGUCAGGCGGCGGCCACGCUCGGGCCUGGUACCUGCUGCUCCUGGCAGCGGCGGCGGUGCUAUGGACCAGGCCGUGGGCGACCUGAAGCAGGCGCUGCCUUGUGUGGCCGAGACGCCGACCGUCCAUGUGGAGGUGCAUCAGCGAAGCGGCAGCACGGCAAAAAAAGAAGAUAUAAAGCUGAGUGUUAGAAAGCUACUUAACAGACAUAAUAUUGUGUUUGGUGAUUACACGUGGACUGAGUUUGAUGAACCUUUUCUGACCAGAAAUGUGCAAUCUGUGUCUAUUGUUGACACAGAAUUACAGGUUAAAGACCCACAGCCCAUCGAUUUGAGUGUGUGCACUAUUGCACUUCACAUCUUCCACCUGAAUGAAGAUGGCCCCACGAGUGAAAAUUUGGAAGAAGAGACAGAAAAUAUAAUUGCAGCAAAUCAUUGGGUUCUGCCCGCAGCUGAAUUCCAUGGGCUGUGGGACAGCCUGGUGUAUGAUGUGGAAGUCAAAUCUCACCUCCUCGAUUAUGUGAUGACAGCGUUACUGUUUUCAGACAGGAAUGUUGACAGCAAUCUCAUCACCUGGAACCGUGUGGUGCUGCUUCACGGUCCUCCGGGAACUGGAAAAACAUCCCUGUGUAGAGCCCUGGCCCAGAAAUUGACCAUUCGACUUUCAAGCAGGUACCGGUAUGGUCAAUUAAUUGAAAUAAACAGCCACAGCCUCUUUUCUAAGUGGUUUUCAGAAAGUGGCAAGCUAGUAACUAAGAUGUUCCAGAAGAUCCAGGAUCUAAUUGAUGACAAAGACGCUCUGGUGUUCGUGCUGAUUGAUGAGGUGGAGAGCCUCACAGCUUCCCGCAAUGCCUGCAGGGCAGGCACCGAGCCUUCAGAUGCCAUCCGUGUGGUCAAUGCUGUUUUGACCCAAAUCGAUCAAAUUAAAAGGCACUCCAAUGUGGUAAUACUGACCACUUCCAACAUUACGGAGAGGAUUGACGUGGCCUUCGUGGACAGGGCUGACAUUAGGCAGUAUAUUGGGCCACCCUCUGCAGCAGCCAUCUUCAAAAUCUACCUCUCCUGUUUGGAAGAACUGAUGAAGUGUCAGAUCAUAUACCCUCGCCAGCAGCUGCUGACCCUCCGCGAGCUGGAGAUGAUUGGCUUCAUUGAAAACAACGUGUCAAAGUUGAGCCUCCUUUUGAGUGAAAUUUCAAGGAAGAGCCAGGGCCUCAGCGGCCGCGUCUUAAGAAAACUCCCUUUUCUGGCUCAUGCGCUGUAUAUUCAGGCUCCCACUGUCACCAUCGAGGGCUUCCUCCAGGCCCUGUCUCUGGCGGUGGACAAGCAGUUUGAAGAGAGAAAGAAGCUUUCCUCUUGUGAUUGAUCAGGAAAACAAAAGAGAAACUACAUGGCCGUAAUUAAGAAUGUGGUCAUAGCAUUAAAAAUGUACAUAUUACUCAAGAUCAAAGGUGGCACUUGCCAUCUGAAGUGAGCUUGUUUUAUUUAGUGCAGACAUUUCAAAGACUAUUUAAUGCAUAAGGAAAAACCUAUUCACGUGUUACAGAAAUCAAGAAAAAAAUUCUAGGUAAAGUGUUCUUCACAAUAGUCAGAUAUUGUCCUCUUUGUGGAAAGAUGCAGUCCUUGAUGUUCAUUCAAAACAUGUGUCAAACGCCCCUCAUAACCAGCGCAGGCAGUGCAGCAGUGUUUCUCCCUGCCAUUCUGUUCAAUAAUGUUAUCACAGUUCAAAUGAAAAUUCACAUUAACAGAUGUGAAACAAAUUGGCUAAUAAUUGGUAUAUUCCACAGAAUAUUAUGUUUGCUUUUAUCUCAUGCUAAAAUAAAUUUUAUAUUAGUGUUUUGUA